AUGUUUCUUUUUCUGCAGAUUGGAGUAUCCAGUGGUUUGGCAGAGGCUGCUCAUGUGGUUAGAGAUACCGAUCUCUCACCUGCCCAACCAUUACAGUCGAAUCAGCCUUCUGGCAAUCUUGGAGUUAUUGGUCGUAGAGUGUUUCUGACCUUUGGCGCAAUUGGUGAUAGUAUCAGUGGAUUGACUAUUAAUUCUGGGGGAAUGCAUGAUCAGCUGUACAAUUUGCAGAUGCUUGAAGCUGCACAUUAUAAACUUCCUCAGCCCAAAGACUCUGAGCGUCCCAGAAAUUAUGUGCCAAGGCACCCUGCUGUAACACCUCCUAGCUAUCCUCAAGUUCAGGCACCUAUUGUUAAUAAUCCUGUACUUUGGGAAAGAUUUGGUAGCGACGCUUAUGGCACUGAUACACUGUUCUUUGCAUUUUACUAUCAACAGAAUACUUAUCAACAAUAUUUCGCUGCAAAAGAGCUGAAGAAGCAAUCUUGGAGAUACCAUAGAAAGUAUAACACAUGGUUUCAGCGGCACGAAGAGCCAAAGGUAGCUACUGAUGAAUAUGAACAGGGGACUUAUGUGUACUUUGAUUUCCAUAUUGCUAAUGAAGAUGGCCAACACGGAUGGUGUCAAAGGAUCAAGACUGAGUUCACCUUUGAGUACAAUUAUCUUGAAGAUGAUCUCAUUGUAUAGAGGGUGUGCAGAAGUUGCUAUGGCAUUGAUCCUGUGAUUUCACCUCCUGGUUUGUAGAGCUACAUUUAUCCUUGGUAGUUUUCUGAAGUUUCUUCUUAGUGUAUGUCCAUCCUGAUUUGCCCUUGUGAUCUUUAGUAAUUUUUAAGUGGAAGAGCAUUAUACUUUUGGGAAGAUAUUAUGGCAGUUUAUUACUGAAGAGGAAGUGGAAUAGGUGGUUUCAAUGGCCCUCCAAUGUUGUCACCUGAAAUUUUAUUGUUUUUGUUACUCAAAAAUUGAGAUUGUAGUGUAAACAUGUUAUUCUCCUUGGACUUCUUAUUUUUUAAUUUAUAUGUUUUAGGAGGCUGACUGAAAUUCUCAAUUGGCACCUAGGGACCUUCUAAUCAGUUUUCCCGCCUGAUUAUUUGUUUGAUGGCACCUUCCAUGACUGCUCUCUUUUUCCUGGGUGUUCUGGUUCGGAGUAUAAUUAUCGUAGAUUAGCAAA